CUGCCCCAGCCAGAAGAUGGCGAAGCGCGGCGCGCGGCUGUGCAGCGGGAGCGCACCGCACGUCGGUGGUCCCUGGGGCCCCGCGCCGCCGCCGCCGCUGCUGCUGCUGCUGGCCGGGCUGGUGCUGCUGGGCGAGGCGCGGGCCCCCGCGGGCGAUGGCUUCAGCCUGCACCCGCCCUACUUCAACCUGGCGGAGGGUGCCCGCAUCGCCGCGUCCGCGACCUGCGGCGAAGAGGCCCCGGCUCGCGGCGCCCCGCGCCCCACGGAGGACCUCUACUGCAAGCUGGUGGGGGGCCCCGUGGCCGGCGGGGACCCCAACCAGACCAUCCAGGGCCAAUACUGCGACAUCUGCACAGCUGCCAGCAACAACAAGGCACACCCUGCGAGCAAUGCUAUCGAUGGCACCGAGCGCUGGUGGCAGAGUCCGCCUCUGUCCCGUGGCCUGGAGUAUAACGAGGUCAACGUCACCCUGGACCUGGGCCAGGUGUUCCACGUGGCCUAUGUGCUCAUCAAGUUUGCCAACUCGCCUAGGCCUGACCUCUGGGUGCUAGAGAGAUCCACGGACUUUGGCCACACCUACCAGCCAUGGCAGUUCUUUGCUUCAUCCAAGAGGGAUUGUUUGGAGCGAUUUGGGCCUCGGACACUGGAGCGUAUCACGCAGGACGACGAUGUUGUUUGCACCACUGAGUACUCUCGGAUAGUUCCCCUGGAGAAUGGCGAGAUUGUGGUGUCUCUGGUGAACGGGCGCCCUGGGGCCAUGAACUUCUCCUACUCACCCCUCCUUCGAGACUUCACCAAAGCUACCAACAUCCGCCUGCGGUUCCUGCGCACCAACACACUGCUGGGCCACCUCAUGGGCAAGGCACUGCGGGACCCCACCGUCACCCGCCGGUACUAUUACAGUAUCAAGGACAUCAGCAUCGGUGGCCGCUGCGUCUGUCAUGGACACGCAGAUGUCUGUGACGCCAAAGACCCCGCGGACCCUUUCAGGCUACAGUGUGCCUGCCAGCACAAUACAUGUGGAGGCUCCUGUGACCGAUGCUGCCCUGGCUUCAACCAGCAGCCAUGGAGACCUGCCACCACUGACAGCGCCAAUGAGUGCCAGUCCUGCAACUGCCACGGCCAUGCUCACGACUGUUACUAUGACCCAGAGGUGGACCGACGCAAUGCCAGCCAGAACCAAGACGAUGUGUAUCAGGGUGGGGGUGUCUGCCUUGACUGCCAGCACCACACCACGGGCAUCAACUGUGAACGUUGUGUGCCUGGCUUCUACCGUGCCCCCAACGAACCACUGGACUCACCCCAUGUCUGUCGCCGCUGCAACUGUGAGUCAGACUUCACCGACGGGACAUGUGAAGACCUAACAGGCCGCUGCUACUGUCGGCCGAACUUCACAGGAGAGCGGUGUGAUGCCUGUGCCAAGGGCUUCACUGGUUUCCCACACUGCUACCCUAUGCUCUCAUUCUCAUACAAUAACACCGGGGAACAGACUCUGCCUGCCGGACAGAUCGUGAAUUGUGAUUGCAGUGCCGCGGGGACACAGGGCAAUGCCUGCCGGAAGGACCCUCGGAUUGGACGCUGUGUGUGCAAACCCAACUUCCAGGGUACCCACUGUGAGCUCUGUGCACCUGGGUUCUAUGGCCCUGGCUGCCAACCAUGCCAGUGCUCCAGCCCUGGGGUGGCUGAUGGCCUCUGUGACCCAGACUCAGGCCAGUGCACAUGCCGCACGGGCUUUGAGGGGGCUGCAUGUGAUCGUUGUGCCCCUGGCUAUUUCCGCUUCCCUCUCUGCCAGCUGUGUGGCUGCAGUCCUUCAGGAACUCUGCCGGAAGGCUGUGAUGAGACCGGCCGCUGCCGGUGCCAACCUGGGUUUGAUGGCCUUCACUGUGAUCACUGCCUCGCAGGCUACCACGGUUACCCCAACUGUCACGCCUGUGCCUGUGACCCUCGAGGGGCCCUGGACCAGCACUGUGGAAUGGGUGGUUCGUGCCGCUGCCGCCCCGGCUACACAGGCACCGCUUGCCAGGAGUGUAGCCCUGGAUUCCACGGCUUCCCCAACUGUAUCCCCUGCCACUGCUCCGCCGAUGGUUCCCUGCACGUAACCUGUGACCCCCAGACUGGGCAGUGUAGCUGCCGGCCCCGUGUGACAGGGCUGCGUUGUGACAUGUGUAUGCCAGGUGCCUACAACUUCCCCUACUGCGAAGCUGGUUCUUGUCAUCCUGCUGGCCUGGCCCCAGCCAAUCCUGCCCUUCCUGAGGCACAGGCUCCCUGUACAUGCCGGCUUCACGUGGAAGGGCCAAGCUGUGAUCACUGCAAACCUGGGUACUGGGGGCUGAGCCCCAGCAACCCCAAGGGCUGCACCCGCUGCAGCUGUGACCCGAGAGGCACCCUGGGUGGACUUGCCGAGUGCCAGUUGGGCAAUGGCCAGUGCUUCUGCAAGGCCCAUGUGUGUAGCCAGACCUGCUCAGCCUGCAAGGAUGGCUUCUUUGGCCUGGAUCAGGCUGACUACUUUGGCUGCCGCAGCUGCCGGUGUGAUAUUGGUGGUGCACUAGGUCAGGGCUGUGAACCGAGGACGGGUGCCUGCCGGUGCCGCCCUAACACCCAGGGCCCUACCUGUAGCGAGCCGGUGAGAGACCACUACUUGCCCGACCUGCACCACCUACGACUGGAGCUGGAGGAGGCGGUCACACCUGAGGGCCACGCCGUACGCUUUGGCUUCAACCACCUGGAGUUUGAGAACUUCAGCUGGAGAGGCUAUGCACACAUGGCACCCAUCCAGCCCAGGAUCGUGGCCAGGCUGAACGUGACCUCCCCUGACCUCUUUCGGCUGGUCUUCCGAUACGUCAACCGUGGAUCCACAAGUGUGAAUGGGCGAGUCUCUGUGCGUGAGGAGGGCAAGCUUGCUAGCUGUACCAAUUGCACAGAGCAAAGCCAGCCAGUGGCCUUCCCACCAACUACAGAACCUGCCUUCGUCACUGUACCCCAGAGGGGCUUUGGGGAGCCCUUCGUGCUGAACCCUGGCAUCUGGGCCCUGCUUGUGGAGGCUGAAGGCGUACUCCUGGACUAUGUCGUUCUGCUGCCCAGUGCCUACUAUGAGGCAGCUCUCCUACAGCACCGAGUAACCGAGGCCUGCACCUACCGGCCCUCAGCCCUGCACUCCACCGAGAACUGCCUCCUCCAUACCUACCUCCCCCUGGAUGGCUUCCCCUCAGCAGCUGGGUCUGAGGCCCUGUGUAGCCAUGACAACAGCCUGCCACGGCCAUGCCCCACAGAGCAGCUCAGCCCUUCACAUCCGCCUCUGGCUGCCUGCCUGGGCAGCGAUGUGGACAUUCAGCUUGAGAUGACAGUGCCUCGGCCCGGCCGCUAUGCUCUGGUGGUGGAAUAUGCCAGUGAGGAUGCCCACCAGGAGGUGGGUGUGGCAGUGCACACCCCCCAGAGAGCCUCCCAGCAGGGGUUGCUUACCCUCUACCCCUGCCCAUACAGCUCCCUGUGCCGGGGCCCGGCUCGAGACGCCCAGCACCACCUGGCCAGCUUCUACCUGGACUCCGAGGCCAGUGUCCGGCUCAUAGCCGAGCAAGCGCACUUCUUCCUGCAUAGUGUCACCCUGGUACCCACGGAGGAGUUCAGCAUGGAGUUCGUGGAGCCCCGGGUCCACUGUGUGAGCAGUCAUGGCACCUUCAAUCCCAGCAGGGCUGCCUGUCUGCCUUCCCGCUUCCUGAAGCCACCUCAGCCCAUCGUCCUCAGGGAUUGCCAGGUCCUGCCACUGUCUCCUGACCUUCCUCUGACCCAGUCACAAGCACUCACACCAGGUGCACCUCCAGCCGGACCACAGCCUCGGCCCCCAACUGCCGUGGACCCUGACUCAGAGCCCACCUUACUGCGCCAUCCACAGGGCACUGUGGUCUUCACCACCCAUGUGCCUACCCUGGGCCGCUACGCCUUCCUGCUACAUGGCUACCAGCCAGCCCACCCUACCUUCCCUGUGGAGGUACUUAUCAACGGGGGCCGCAUCUGGCAGGGCCACGCCAAUGCCAGCUUCUGCCCACAUGGUUAUGGCUGCCGCACUCUGGUAUUGUGUGAAGGCCAGACUGUGCUGGAUGUGACAGACAAUGAGCUCACCGUGACCGUGCGUGUACCCGAAGGCCGGUGGCUCUGGCUGGAUUACGUUCUUAUUAUCCCUGAGGAUGUGUACAAUCCCAGCUACCUUCGAGAGGAACCCCUGGACAAGUCCUAUGACUUCAUCAGCCACUGUGCCUCCCAUGGCUACCACAUCAGUGCCAGCAGCUCAUCCCCAUUCUGCCAGAAAGCCGCCACUUCCCUCUCUCUCUUCUACAAUAAUGGGGCCCUGCCUUGUGGCUGCCACGAGGUGGGUGCCACAGGCUCCACGUGUGAGCCCUUUGGGGGCCAGUGUCCCUGCCGGGCCCAUGUCAUUGGUCGAGACUGUUCCCGCUGUGCGACCGGCUACUGGGGCUUCCCCAACUGCAGACCCUGUGACUGCGGUGCCCGCCUGUGUGACGAGCUCACGGGCCAUUGCAUCUGCCCACCACGCACUGUCACCCCGGACUGCCUAGUCUGCCAGCCACAGACCUUUGGCUGCCACCCCCUUGUCGGCUGUGAGGAGUGUAACUGCUCAGGGCCCGGCGUCCAGGAGUUGACAGACCCUACCUGUGAUGUGGACAGUGGCCAGUGCAAGUGCAGACCCAACGUGGCUGGACGCCGCUGUGAUACCUGUGCCCCAGGCUUCUAUGGUUAUCCCAGCUGCCGCCCCUGUGACUGCCAUGAGGCCGGCACCAUGCCUAGUGUGUGUGACCCCCUCACAGGCCAAUGCCAUUGCAAGGAGAACGUGCAGGGCUUAAGAUGCGACCAGUGUCGCCUGGGGACCUUCUCCCUUGAAGCCGCCAACCCCAAGGGCUGCACCCGCUGCUUCUGCUUUGGGGCUACGGAGCGCUGCGGGAGCUCAACCCAUGCCCGCCAUGAGUUCAUGGAUAUGGAAGGCUGGGUGUUGCUGAGCACUGACCGGCAGGUGAUACCCCAUGAGCGACGGGCCGAGAUGGAGCUGCUCCACGCAGACCUGCGCCAUGUGGCCGACACUUUCUCAGAGCUGUACUGGCAGGCCCCAUCCUCCUACCUGGGGGACAGGGUGUCAUCCUAUGGUGGGACCCUCCGCUAUGAGCUACACUCAGAGACUCAGCGUGGGGACAUCUUCAUUCCUACUGAGAGCAGGCCUGAUGUAGUGCUGCAGGGCAAUCAGAUGAGCAUUGCCUUCCUGGAACCAUCAUAUCCUCUGCCUGGCCACAUUCAUCGGGGGCAGCUGCAACUGGUGGAGGGGAACUUCCGGCACGUGGAGACUCACAAUGCGGUGUCCCGUGAGGAACUUAUGAUGGUGCUGGCCAGCCUGGAGCAGCUGCAAAUCCGCGCCCUCUUCUCACAGAUCUCCUCAGCUGUCUCCCUGCGUAGGGUGAUCCUUGAGGUGGCUAGUGAAGCUGGCAGGGGGCUUCCAGCCAGCAAUGUGGAGUUAUGCAUGUGCCCUGCCAACUACCGUGGGGACUCAUGCCAGGAAUGUGCCCCUGGCUAUUACCGGGACAUCAAAGGUCUCUUCCUGGGCCGAUGUGUGCUCUGUCAGUGCCAUGGCCAUUCAGACCGCUGCCUUCCUAGCUCUGGAGUCUGUGUGGGCUGCCAACACAACACAGAAGGGGACCACUGCGAGCACUGCCAGGCUGGCUUUGUGAGCAGUAGGCCUGACGACCCUACGGCUCCCUGUGUGAGCUGUCCCUGCCCCCUGGCAGUGCCUUCCAACAAUUUCGCAGAAGGCUGCAUCUUACGAAAUGGCCAAACCCAAUGCCUCUGUAGACCAGGCUAUGCCGGGGCCUCCUGUGAACGGUGUGCACCCGGCUACUUUGGGAACCCCCUGGUGCUGGGCAGCUCCUGCCAGCCCUGUGACUGCAGUGGCAAUGGAGACCCCAACAUGAUCUUCAGUGACUGUGACCCUCUGACUGGUGCCUGCCGAGGCUGCCUUCGCCACACCACUGGGCCCCACUGUGAGAGCUGCGCUGCUGGCUUCUAUGGCAAUGCCUUGUUGCCCGGCAACUGCACCCGGUGCGACUGUUCCCCUUGCGGGACAGAGACCUGUGAUCCCCAGAGUGGGCGCUGCCUGUGCAAGGCGGGUGUGACUGGGAGACGCUGUGACCACUGUUUGGAAGGGCACUUUGGCUUCGAGCAGUGCCAGGGCUGCCGUCCUUGUGCCUGUGGACCAGCUGCAGAAGGUUCUAAGUGCCAUUCUCAGAGCGGACAGUGUCACUGCCAGCCAGGGACAGCAGGACCCCAGUGCCGCGAGUGUGCCCCAGGCUACUGGGGGCUCCCGGAGCAGGGCUGCCAGCGGUGCCAGUGCCCCCGAGGCCACUGUGACCCACACACGGGCCGCUGCACCUGUCCCCCAGGACUAGGUGGGGAGCGCUGUGACACCUGCAGCCAGCAGCACCAGGUGCCCGUGCCAGGCGGGCCUGGGGGCCACGGCGUACACUGUGAAGUGUGUGACCACUGUGUGGUCUUGCUUUUGGAUGACCUUGAGCGAGCUGGUGCUCUUCUCCCUUCCAUCCGUGAGCAGCUGAUGGGCAUCAAUGCCAGCUCUGCAGCCUGGGUCAGGCUGCACAGGCUGAAUGCCUCCAUUGCCGACCUGCAGAAUCGUCUCCGAAGCCCAUCGGGCCCCCGCCACCAGACAACACAGCAGCUGCAGACCCUGGAGCGACAGAGUGCAAGCCUCCAGCAGGAUGCGGAGCAGCUAGGCAAUCAGGCCAUAGGGGUCCGAGACCAGGUGAGCCGGCUGCUGGACAACACGGAGGCCACUCUGGGCCGGGCACAAACACUGCUGGAGACCGUGCGUGCUAUGGACCGUGCCCUGAACAAGCUGGUGUCUCAGAUGGGCCAAGUGUUUCCAGCCAAUGCCUCAGCCCCGUCUGGUGAGCUGCUGCGCUGGGAGCUGGUGGAAGUGGAACGGCUACUCCGGGAGCUGCGAGCCCGUGACCUGGGGGCCCCACGGGCAGUGGCAGAGGCCGAGCUGGAAGAAGCUCAGAGGAUGCUGGCCCGUGUGCGGGAACGGCUGGCCAGCCGCUGGGAGGAGAGCCAGGCACUGGCCACACACAUUCGGGACCAGUUGGCCCAGUAUGAGGCUGGUCUCAUGGACCUACGUGAAGCCCUGAACCUCGCAGUCAAGACCACCAGGGAGGCUGAGGAGCAAAACAGCCACAACCAGGAUCGGCUGGAGGGAGCCCUGCAACGGAAGCAGGAGCUGUCCCAGGACAAUGCCACCCUAGAGGGCACUCUUCGGGCUGCCAGCCGCACCCUUGGCCAUGCCUCUGAGCUUCUGCAGGGCAUGAACCAGGCUAAGGAGGACCUGGAGCACUUGGCGGCCAGCCUGGAUGGGGCCCGGGCCCCCUUGCUGAAGAAGAUGCAGGCUUUAUCUCCAGCCAGCACCAAGGUGGACUUGGUGGAGGCCGCGGAGGCCCAUGCUCAGCAGCUGGACCAGCUGGCGAGGAACCUGUCUGGCAUCAUCUUUGGUAUCAACCAGGACCGCUUCAUCCAGAGGGCUGUGGAAGCCGCCAACGCCUACAGUAGCAUUCUGCGGGCUGUGCAGGCUGCCGAGGGCGCCGCGGGCCAGGCCCUUCAGCAAGCCAGCCGCACGUGGGAGACAGUAGUGCGGCGAGGCCUGGCGAUCCGAGCCCGGGAGCUGCUGGCCAAUAGUAGUGCCCUGGAGGAGGAUGCCCGUAGGCACCAGAACAGGCUAGGCUUCGCUCAGAAUCGCCUGCAGACUGCAGGGACCCAGCUCCGUGAUGUCUGGGCCAAGAAGGAUCAGCUGGCAUCCCGAAUCCAGGAAGUACAAGCCAUGCUGGCCAUGGACACAGGUGAGACCAGCGAGAAGAUCGCUCAUGCCAAAGCUGUGGCAGCCGAAGCCCGCGACACAGCUGCCCGUGUGCAGUCCCAGCUUCAGAGCAUGCAGGCCAAUGUGGAGCGGUGGCGGGGCCAGCUGGGGGGCCUGCGGGGCCAGGACCUGAGCCAGGUGGAGCGUGAUGCAAGUAAUUCGGCGUCCACCCUGGAGAAGACGCUGCCACAGCUGCUGGCCAAGCUGACCAAUCUAGAAAACCGUGGAGUGCAUAAUGCCAGCCUAGCCUUGUCUGCUAACAUUGGCCGUGUGCGGAAGCUCAUUGCCCAAGCCCGGGGGGCCGCCAACAAGGUCAAGGUGUCCAUGAAGUUCAACGGGCAUUCAGGGGUGCAGUUGCGCACCCCACGGGACCUUCCUGACCUUGCCGCCUACACUGCCCUUAAGUUCUACCUGCAGAGCCCAGUGCCGGCACCUGAGCCCGGCGAGAACACUGGGGAUCGCUUUGUUUUAUACAUGGGCAGCCGCCAGGCCACUGGGGACUACAUGGGUGUGUCUCUGCGGAACCAGAAGGUGCACUGGAUCUACCGACUGGGCGAGGGUGGCCCCACAGAUCUCAGCAUUGAUGAGAACAUUGGGGAGCAGUUUGCAGCCAUCAGCAUUGACAGGACUCUCCAGUUUGGCCACAUGUCCGUCACAGUGGAGAAGCAGAUGGUUCAUGAGAUUAAGGGGGACACGGUGGCCCCGGGAAUGGAGGGGCUACUCAACCUGCACCCUGAUGACUUCGUCUUCUACGUGGGAGGGUAUCCCAGCAACUUCACGCCCCCUGCACCCCUCCAAUUCCCUGGCUACCUGGGCUGCAUUGAGAUGGACACGCUGAACGAGAAGGUCAUCAGUCUCUACAAUUUUGAGCAGACCUUCCAGCUGAAUACCGCAGCAGACAAGCCUUGUGCUCGCUCCAAGUCCACUGGUGACCCAUGGCUCACGGAUGGCUCCUACCUGGAUGGCAGUGGCUUUGCCCAGAUCAGCUUCGAGAAGCAGAUGAGCCACACAAAGCGCUUUGACCAGGAGCUGCGGCUUGUGUCCUACAACGGGAUCAUCUUCUUUCUCAAGCGGGAGAGCCAGUUCCUGUGCCUGGCAGUUCAGAAAGGAACUCUUGUGCUCCUUUAUGACUUUGGCUCAGGCCUGAAGGAGGCCAUCCCGUUGCAGCCCCCACAGCCCCUGACAGCAGUCAGCAAGGCGAUCCAGGUGUUCCUAUUGGCUGGCAGCCGCAAGCGUGUGCUGGUACGCGUGGAGAGGGUCACCAUGUUCAGUGUGGAGGAGGACAACUUGCUGGACUCGGCUGAUGCCUACUUUUUGGGAGGUGUGCCACCUGAGCAGCUUCCCCCAAGCCUACGGCGGCUCUUCCCCUCCGGAGGCUCUAUCCGUGGCUGCAUCAAGGGCAUUAAGGCUCUGGGCAAGUACGUGGACCUCAAACGGCUAAACACCACGGGCAUCAGCUCUGGCUGCACCGCUGACCUUCUGUUGGAACGCACUGUGACUUUCCAUGGCCACGGCUUCCUGUCCCUGGCACUCCCUGACGUGGCACCCUUCACCAGCAGUGUCUACUCCGGCUUUGGCUUCCGUGGCACCCAGGACAACAGCCUGUUGUACUACGGUGCCUCCCCGGGUGGGGUAUGCCAGGUGUCCCUCCAGCAGGGCCACGUGACUCUCCAGCUUAUGGGGACAAAGGUGGAAACAGAAGAGGUCUUCACUGACGGCGCCCCCCACUAUGUUGCCUUCUAUAGCAAUGUCUCAGGGGUCUGGCUGUACGUGGAUGACAAGCUGCAGAAAAGGUCACACGAGGAGUCAUCCUCCAUGCUCCUGCCGAGGCCCGAGGGACCCCCACAACUUCUCCUGGGAGGUCUGCCUCAGUCGGGCACUUUCAGCAACUUCAGUGGCUGCAUCACCAAUGUUUUCGUGCAGCGGCUUCGGGGGCCACAGCAUGUGUUUGACCUACAACAGAAUACAGGCAGUACCAACGUGAGCAUAGGCUGUAUGCUGGCCUCACUCAACCAGACCACAGGGGCCACGGCUCAGAAGGCCUCCCGCCGCAGUCGCCAACCCAGCCAGGACCCUGUCUGCACGCCAGCCCAUCAUCUCAGGACCAUCCAGGAAGCAUACCAGUUUGGAGGUCCCCUGCCCAGUUACCUGCAGUUUGUGGGUGUCUCUCCCUCCCACAGGAAUUGGCGCCACUUCUCGAUGCUGGUCCGCCCACGUGCUCCCCAGGGCCUCUUGUUCUUUGCUGCACCCCUGACCAGCAGCAGCCCUUCGCUAGUCCUCUUUCUGAGUCAUGGACACUUUGUUGCACAGACAGAAGGCCCUGGGCCCCAGCUCAGGGUCCAGAGCCUCCAGCGCUCACAGGCUGGCCAAUGGCACAAGGUGUCUGUGCGCUGGGAGACGCAUCGGGUCCGGCUCACGGUGGAUGGCAGCCAGACCUGGAGCCAGGAGGCACCCCGCUAUCGAGCCCAUAGGAUGGAGGGACCCCAGCUCCACACCAUUUUUGUGGGAGGCCUCCCAUCCAGAAAUCACAGCUCCAAGCUCCCUGUGUCCGUGGGGUUCAGCGGCUGUGUGAAGAAACUGCAGCUGGACAGGCAGCCCCUGGCAGGCCCCACUCAAGGGGUGGGGGUCACACCCUGCAUCUCGGGGCCCCUGGAGGACGGUCUGUUCUUUCCAGGCAGUGAGGGAGUCGUCACACUAGAGCUCCCAGAGACCAAGCUGUCUAGUGUGAGCCUGGAGCUGGAGGUCCGGCCCCUGGCAGCUGCUGGCCUCAUCUUCCACCUGGGCCAGGCCCAGGGCCCUCCCUACUUGCAGUUGCAGGUGUUCAUGGAGCAGGUCCUGCUGCGGGCAGAUGAUGGGGCAGGGCAGUUCUCCACGUGGGUGAUGCACCCCAUGCUCUGUGAUGGGCAGUGGCACCGAAUGGCAGUGAUCAAGCGUAAGAACAUGCUCCGGCUGGAGGUGGAUACACAGAGCAACCAUACCAUGGGCCCUGUGCCAGUGGCCUCGGCUGACACUCGGGCACCUCUGCACCUUGGGGGCCUACCUGAAGCCGUGACUGCUCAGCCAGAGUCCCCUGCCUAUCGUGGCUGCAUGAGGAAACUGAUGGUGGAUGGGAACCCCGCCCCCAUGACUGCCUCUGUGGGAGUCCAGGGGGCAGUAGGGGCUAGUGGCUGUCCCUCUGGGGAACUAGCACUAGUUCCCGCUCACUCUGCAGCCCUUCCCACAGGCCAGGGCAAGGCGCGGAAGCAGUGGCGGCGCGAGGGGUCCAGGCUUCAGCCCCUCGGCCCUGUUGUCACCCUCCCUCUGCUCCGGCACUGAGGUCCCCUACACCUUUGUUCUCUGUCUAGCCUCUUAGCUUUGAUGGGUGACAACUCAUUUCUGGAAAUAGUUUAUGUCUUUUUAGCUGAAAGGACAUUGCAGAAUAGGUCUUUAUAUAUUUAUACUUUGUACUUCUUGCCCACCAACUUUUAGUACUGAGAUCUGUAAAAUCACUGGCUCCUUGAAAAUUAAAAAGUAACUUGUUUAA